GAAGGACUGAAAGAAUGAAAAAUACCUUCACAGCUUUUUGAAGGACCAAAUAUAGGGAUUCCUUUCACUGUUACUAAUUUGGUCUGGCUCUUGGUAUUAUGUCCAAGGAAAAGUUUCGUAAAUUGUCAGAAGGCCAAUCAUCUUUUACCCAGCAACCCCAGGAUCAAGUGGUGGUGGCUGGGCAACCAGUGAACCUUCUCUGUGCCAUCCCUGGGUAUCAUGGUAUUGUACUCUGGAUUAAGGAUGGACUUGCUCUGGGAGUGGGCAGAGACCUCUCGGGGUACCCUCGUUACUCUGUGGUUGGAGACCAUUUGUCUGGAGAACAUCACUUGAAAAUCCAACGAGCAGAGCUCCAGGAUGAUGCUAUGUAUGAAUGUCAGGCAAUACAGGCAGCGAUUCGAUCGCGACCAGCCAGGCUUACUGUUCUUGUUCCUCCAGAUGACCCAGUGAUUAUCGGCGGACCCGUAAUCAGCCUCCGAGCAGGGGAUCCAUUGAAUUUAACAUGUCAUGCGGAUAAUGCAAAGCCAGCCGCUUCCAUUAUCUGGAUGAGGAACGGAGACGUGUUAAAUGGAGCCACAUAUUCCAAGACUUUGUUGCGGGACGGGAAGAGAGAGAGCAUUAUCAGCACACUCUUUGUUUCACCGAUGGACAUAGAGAAUGGGCAGAGAAUAACUUGCCGUGCCAGCAAUAAAGCGGUACCUAGUGGAAAAGAUACAACGGUCACUAUCAACAUCCAACACCCACCAUUGGUCAAUCUCACAGUGGAACCGCAGCCAGUCCUGGAGGAUAACGUGGUUAAAUUUCACUGCUCAGCUAAGGCAAAUCCAGCAGUAACACAGUACCGGUGGGCAAAAGGUGGUCAACUGCUAAAAGACGUGACAGAUGAUACCUAUGAGACGGUGGUUGACUUUUCAUUCUUCACAGAGCCGGUGUCCUGCGAGGUGACCAAUGCACUUGGCAGCACAAACAUCAGCAGGACAGUUGAUGUGUAUUUUGGACCCCGCAUGGCAACAGAACCUGAAUCUAUUUUGGUGGACCUUGGAUCAGAGGCAAUGUUCCAUUGUGCCUGGACCGGCAACCCAUCUCUUACCAUUGUGUGGAUGAAGCGUGGCUCUGGAGUGGUGCUGAGUAAUGAAAACACCUUAACACUAAAGAAUGUCCGGCAGGAAGAUGCUGGCAAAUAUGUGUGUCGAGCGGUAGUACCCCGCGUUGGUGCCAGUGAGAGGGAACUCACUCUGACAGUAAAUGGUCCUCCAAUCAUCUCCAGCACACAGACCCAACAUGCUCUGCAUGGGGAGAAAGGGCAAAUCAAAUGCUUUAUCCGCAGCACACCGCCGCCCGACCGAAUCGCUUGGUCAUGGAAGGAGAAUGUCCUGGAAUCAGGAACAUCAGGCAGAUACACAGUGGAAACAGUCAGUACGGACGAGGGAGUUAUCUCUACUUUGACUAUCAGCAAUAUUGUCAGGGCUGACUUUCAAACCAUAUACAACUGCACCGCCUGGAACAGCUUUGGAUCUGACACUGAGAUAAUCCGACUGAAAGAACAAGGUCCGAACAUGCAGUCAGGAAGGAGUAUGGAACCAGAGUCUGUCCCGGUCACUGUGAUCAUUGGAGUGGCAGUCGGAGCAGGGGUGGCAUUCCUUGUACUAAUGGCUACAAUAGUUGCAUUUUGCUGCGCUCGGAACCAAAGAAAUCUGAAAGGUGUGGUUUCCGCUAAAAAUGAUAUCCGUGUAGAGAUUGUACACAAAGAGCCUACGACUGCGAGAGAGACCGAGGAACAUUCAACCAUGAAGCAGCUGAUGAUUGACAGAGGAGAAUUUCAACAAGAUUCUGUUUUGAAACAGCUUGAAGUUCUAAAGGAAGAAGAGAAGGAAUUUCAGAAGGAUCCCACAAAUGGUUACUACAGUGUGAACACAUUUAAGGAUCACCAGUCAACGCCAACCAUCUCUCUCUCAAGUUGCCAACCAGAACUUAGGCCUGCUAAUAAACAGCGGGUGCCUACUGGAAUGUCUUUUACCAACAUUUACACCACACUGAGUGGCCAGAACCGUCUAUACGACUACAGCCAGCGCUUUGUUUUGGGUAUGGGGAGCAGCUCCAUUGAGCUUUGCGAGCGUGAAUUCCAGAGAGGUUCUAUGAGUGACAGCAGCUCUUUCCUGGACACUCAGUGUGACAGCAGUGUUAGCAGCAGUGGAAAACAAGAUGGCUAUGUUCAAUUUGAUAAGUCAAGCAAGGCUUCAGCGUCAUCUUCUCAUUAUUCUCAGUCAUCUUCUCAGAACUCUGAUCCAACCAGACCUCUUCAGAGGCGAAUGCAGACACAUGUGUGAAAGGCCCUGUUUGGUUAUUUAUGAGAAGAAUAUGUGUGAUCAAUGGGUGAGGGGAGACAUACAAGGGUUUGGUGGCUUUGUAAGGAUUUGAAAAAACAAAAACAAUUUUGGACACCUUGAAGCCUGAAGUAAUGGAAUGGGCCUUUCUGGCUUAGAUAUUUAUUUAGUUUUAUAUUUAUAUGAAAAGGAGAGGAUCUCCCUGAUGUAAAAAGCACUUUCUUCAACGGAGUACAACAAGCCAUGGAUCUAUCAUCUAGGUGGGUGGGAAGAAAAGCAUUUUAUAAGCUAUCCCUCAAAAAUGUAAAAUAAUAAUAAUAAAAAAGUUAAGCUCCCAAUUCUGUCUGGAGCCUGGCCGAACUUUACUUCUUUCAACUAGGAAUCUAGCCAUUAGCAAGCACAAUGUUAAUGUAGUUUAACAGCCUUUAAAAAGACACUUGUAGUAAUACUUUACUGAGCGGUAUUAUAAUAUUGGGUAGGACAGGAACUCUGUAAAAGGAAAACUUUAGACCUCAGGUGUUCCUGUCCAUAUGACAUGAUGAUCUUCAAGAAAGUGGACUUAGCAGCAACUGGCCUAUGAAGGCCAAAUCAUAUUGUAUUUCCUAGAUAUAUUAUUUUCCAAAGUAUCUCCCAGAAUAUGUAUAUGGGUAAUCCAAGUCAGAGUAAUGACUUAUGCCUGAUGUUGGGGAUAAACAAGCACCAAUACAAUGAGAACCAUUAAGAAGAUUCAUAUUAGGGUUUAGUCUGUUAUAAGGAGCAUAUGAGAAAUAUUUUUUUGAUAUGCCCCCAUGAUCAUUAAUUUCUUUCCCAGCAUUAAAAUGGUGAAGUGGCUACUGUGUGUAUGCAAUAGAGUAUACAAUGACUAAGCCCAUCUCUCAGAUCAGAAAAUAGUUAAUGUCUCCACAUCUGUGUCACUGUCCCCUUUGAACCUAAUAAAAAUAGACUUCUAUUUCCUGAGACUAUGGAGACUGUCCCCAUGGUCUGUUUCUUUUUGUGGGGCAAUCAUAUUUUUUGUUGCCUUUACCAUUCUAUAUCCUUGCCUAUCUGAGCCACUUGUACACCCAACCCAUCCCAAUGUAUUGUUUGAACUGUCAACUGUACACACCUAUAUUCAUACAUAUUUAAAUACAUAUAUUUAUAUAUAAUUACUUUUUAUGUCUCAUUGAGUUCAGUCUGGACUGUACCUGUUGGUUUGGAGAAAAUAAUGUCUCUUUUGUCGCUGUUUCUACUGUUUUCAUAUCAAACUUCUAUUAAGACUGCACUUGAAAAUUGUUGGGGAAAAAUGUCCCCAAGUUGAGCGUACUUUGUAGAGGGAAAAAAUGGCCAGAAGUUGAGAAUACUUUAAAAAUGGCAUCAUCCGUAAUAAAUGGAUAUACAAUGUAACUAAGAUUGCCAUUUACGAUCUUCCAAUUGUUCUGUAUUUGUAUGUAAAAUGAGAAGACCUAUGUUGAAGGUAAAAAAAAAUGCAUAAAACAUAAGGGAAAUGUUCUAGUCAGUUGGUAAAAACUAAACAAGAUAGAAAAUGGUCACAAGUAUAAAGGCCAAUAAGAGCUGUACAUUGUGUUAACACUGGUUUUACAAAUAAAGAUUAAAAUGAUAUUGCAGUGGUAAUGACCUAAGCAUUAUAAUCCAAAAUAAGCAGAUAUUGAUGAUAUGGUAUGCUCUAAAAAUGACAAUCAGAGGGUAAACGCAAAGCAGCUUUUGGGCAGUUUGUUCCUGUUGCCGAUGACAGAAUCCCUAUUACAGCACAAAUGAAGGAUUAAAAUAUAAAACCUCUUAUGUCAA